AUGGCAUCUCCAUCAAUCCUCCUCAAGGGCGGCACCCUCCUCAUUCACGACGAUAACAACAACGUCGUGCCCACCCGGGCAGACCUUCUCAUCGAGGGCGACAGGAUCGCCAAGAUCGAGGCCGACAUCACCCCGGCGGCGGGCUCGACCACCAAGGUCGUCGACUGCGCUUCCAAGAUCGUGUCACCAGGCUUCAUCUCGACGCACGCGCACUUGUGGCAGUCGCAGCUGAAAGGCCGGCAUGCCAACCACACGCUGGUCGAUUACAUGCCUGCGGGCUGCUACUGCGGCACCUUCUACACGCCGCAGGACCUCUUCUGGGGCCAGCUCGCUGGUGCUAUGGAGUCGGUCGACGCCGGGACUACGACAGUCGUCGACCACUCGCACCUCAACCUGGGGCCAGACUACCCCAAAACCGCAAUCCAGGCCCUCAGCACCUCAGGCCUGCGCACAAUCUACUGCUACUCGGCCCCACGGCGCACCGCCUCCUUCAGCCCCCUAAAGCUAGAAGAGGAGCCCUACCCGCCGCCCGCCGCCCUCGACGACUUCGCCGCGCUGGCAGCAAGCCCCCACCCCCAAGGCAGCGGCCGCGUGACCCUCGGCUUCGCCAACGACAACGUCUACAUGCCCCGGGCGUCGCUCCAGGCGCUGUACGCGCGGCUGCGCGGGGCCCCCGGCGCGCAGCUGAUCACGACGCACGCGCAGGGCGGCCCCGCGUUCGGCGGCCCGCCCGCGGCCGUGGCGAUCCUGGGCGCCGCGGGCCUGCUGGGCCCGGACGUGCUGCUCAGCCACGCGGCGGCGCUGGGGCCGGACGACGUCGCGGCGCUGGCCGGCGCGGGCGCCGCCGUGUCGUCCACGCCCAACACGGAGCUGCAGAUGGGCAUCGACCCCGUCGCGCUGUGGCGGGGCGUCUACGAGGGUGGCGUGGGGAGCCUGGGCGUGGACUGCCACACGUGGGGCACGAGUUACAUGCCCGCGCAGAUGACGCUUGCGCUGCAGGGGCGGCGGCUGGAGAGGGCGCAGGAGGUUGGGCGGGAGGGGGGGUGGGUGAGGCGGGCUGAGGGGACGGUCGCGGAGGUGUUUAACCUGGGGACUGUGUGUGGUGCGAAGGCGGUGGGCAUGGCGGGGAGUGUUGGGCGGCUGAAGGUGGGCUACAAGGCUGAUGUUGUCGUGUUUGAUGGGCUGAGCCCCGGCAUGGCGGUUGCGGCUCAGGAGGACCCGGUCGCUGCUGUCGUGCUGCACUCUAGCAUCCGGGACGUGGAGAUGGUGAUUGUCGACGGUGUGGUGAGGAAGGAGGGUGGGAGGUUGUGCGAUGUUGUGGUUGAGCGCCCUCCUGAGGGCCUGGGGGAGCAGACUGUGCCUCUCGGGAAGAGACUUGCAUGGCAGGAUGUGGCUCAUGAGACGUUGAAGAGUCGGGAUGUCCUCAAUGGUAAGUUCAAGGGUGUCGACUUUGCCCCGGCAGCAGAGGAUGUCAUUGAUAUGUGGCAUAUGGAUCGAUCAAAGAUGGUCGAACAGUAA